AGACUUGGUUCGUGGUCGUCUCAGUUUAGAGUGAGUGGAGAAGAAGGAUUUUGUAUUUUUUUUGUUGGAUUUAGCUUAGAGAGCUUAUCAUCAUGGCCGUGCUGACCACGUGUUGUUGCAAGUAUUCCGUUCGCCAAGGAUCUUUCGGAGCGGGGUGUUACACGCUGGUUUACUUCCUCCUUUUCGCCUUGCUGACUGGGAACGUUUCUUACAACGAGGUGGUCUCUCGACAGUUCUUUUCCUCGUCAAAUUCCACGAAAACCACCACCCCCACGAAUGCCACUGCCUCAACGCUUCCACCACCAGAUGCACCCAUUCCCACGACCGACAUGGUCCUCAUUUGUGUGGACUUUCUCUGCGAGAUUGCCGGCUUUGUGGCAUCCAUCGUGCUCCUCAAAGGACUACAAGUAGAUAAGCGCGGCUACCUCGUCCCGUGGCUCAUCCUCGUCCCACUCCACACUUUGAUCGACACUUUCACCGUGAUUAACAUAAUCAUCCUGUACAUGGAACAUGCCCCCUCGCAAGACGCUUGGUGGGGUAUCGUCACCAGUCUCACAAUCACACUCGACUUUCUCCUCAACUUUAUUAACGUGUACGCUUUCCUCUGCGUGGUGUCGCAGUACCAAGAGUACCUCGCGGGACGGGGGUCCGCCGCCUAUGAAGGGUACCCGUGGCGGGAUACGAACACCAGCGUCCGGUAUGAGGCUGGCGGAGACCGAAACAACGUGGGUGGUGGGGGAGGGGGUGGAACUUCCGGUUGUGGUGGUGGGGGAAGAUCGAACGGAUCCAACCCGUGUUUCUCGGUGGAGGGGGAAAAGUCCGACGUGUGGUGUGAAGACUUGGUUUUGGACAAGUUGGACUUUGGUGAUCGGAAGGCGUGUCGACGAGGUGGUCACGAGGAGGAGGAUGACGACGAUGAUGAUGACGAGUGGGGCGGCCAGGACAGAAAACCGUCCAACGUGACGUCCACAACGAUGGUGCGGUUCGACUGUGAUGAGGAUGGCGCUUCCGGUUCUCCACCACCACGACCAGGUCAAAGGUCAAGGUCUGCUAGUAAGAAACACGUUUCCACCGAGGGUCGCGUCACUCUUUGGGAUGACUAGUAAUUAAGGAAGAAGAAGAAUUUCACGGGAAAAUAUUUCUUUUUCAUGAUUUAUUGUUAUUAGUGGUA